AUGGAUGAGAUACAGAUCCAACUCCUAUCAGAUCUCCAUCUGGAGACGCCUUCCGCUUAUGAUAUUUUUACCAUAACCCCUAAAGCGCCAUUCCUGGCACUGCUGGGCGACAUUGGCUAUGUCAAGGACGAUGGAUUCUUCGAUUUCAUUCGCACGCAGUUGCAAAGAUUUCGUGUCGUUUUCCUUGUCCUUGGCAACCAUGAACCGUAUCAUAGUAACUGGACCGAGACGAAGUCGAAAGUGCUCCGUUUCAAGCACGAUGCAGAUCAUAUGUUUCAGGAGGGAGAGAUAACUGGCAAGUUCAUUCUUCUCGACCAGACACGAUUCGAUAUCUCGGCGACUGUCACCAUUCUCGGCUGCACUUUAUUCUCCCAUAUUACCGCGGACCAAGUCGAGAGCGUUAAUUUUGGUCUCAACGAUUUCUAUCACACUGAUGACUGGUCCGUCGAGAAGCAUCAGGAAGCACACGUCGCCGAUCUUACGUGGCUGAAUACAGAAAUCGACUCGAUCUCCCGCUUUGAACCUCAGAGGAAGAUCGUUGUCUUCACCCAUUAUUGUCCUUCCACACAUGAGAAUGCGAUUGACCCGCGGCAUCGAAACAGCCGUAUUUCCUCCGGAUUCAUGACCGAUCUAAAGAUGGAACAAUGCUGGCAACGCAACAAUGUCAAACUGUGGGCCUUUGGACACACGCAUUUUAACUGUGACUUUCAAGACGCUGAAACCGGCAAAAGGGUGGUGUCGAACCAAAGAGGGUAUUACUUCGCACAAGCUGCAGGAUUUAACAGUGAAAUGGUCGUCCGAAUCUAG